AUGGCAUCAUCUCUCAGAGCCAACUGCCGCAAGGUCAUGUGUAUCGGCCGUAACUACGCCGAACACAUUGCAGAGCUGAACAGCGCGACCCCCAAGCAGCCAUUCUUCUUCCUGAAGCCCUCAUCCUCCAUCCUUCUCCCCCGCGAGGGUCCCGUUCUCCGUCCCAAGGGCGUCAGCCUGCACUAUGAAGUCGAAUUGGGUCUCGUGAUUGGCAAGACCCUUCGCGAUCUUGACCCCAACGACGAGAAGUCCGCUUUCGAGGCUAUUGAGAGCUACAUCCUCGCCAUUGAUAUGACCGCCCGUAACGUCCAGGACGAGGCUAAGAAGAAGGGUCUCCCCUGGUCCAUCGCUAAGGGCUUCGACACUUUCCUGCCCAUUUCCGAAAUCAUCGCCAAGUCCCGCAUUCCUAACCCCCACGAUGCUUUCCUCCGCCUCCAGGUUAACGGUGUUGACCGCCAGGCUGAUUCGACUAGCCUCAUGCUGCACCGCAUUACUACACAGCUUGCUCAGAUCUCCCGCGUUAUGACACUUGAGAAGGGUGAUAUUGUCUUGACUGGUACCCCCAAGGGUGUUGGUGAGGUCAAGGCUGGCGAUGUUAUGCGUGCUACUAUUGAGGUUGAUGGCAAGGAAAUUGAGGAGGGUCGCAUUGAGGUUGAGGUUAAGGAUCGCUCUGAGGGCCUGUACGAGUUCAAGGAGACCUAA